AUGCCUGCAAUCAAACCAAAAGUCCUCAGACUUGGUCCUUGGGACCACAGCAAGAAGCAAUGGGCCGAAUUGGCUAAGGUUGCUGACAUUAUUGAUUGUGACUCAAAGAACAGAGAGCAAUUCAUCAAGGACUUGCAAGGCAAGUAUUCGGACGUGACCAACAUUGCCCGUACUUUCUCUUCCAUUAGUCAGACGGGUCGUUUUGAUGCCGAGCUUGUUUCUAAGUUGCCCAAGUCCGUCUUGUCUGUGGCCCACUGUGGUGCAGGAUACGAUCAAGUUGAUCCGCAAGCAUUGACAGACCGUAACAUCCAGUUGUCGAACGUCACCACUCCGGUUGAAGCACCUACCGCGUUGACCGCGGUCUACUUAACUUUGGCAGCCAUGCGAAACUUCCAGGCGGGCCAUGACGCCAUGGUUGAAGGCAAAUGGCCUUCGCAGAAAUGUGCCGGAGCUCAGGUGGGCUGGGACCCGCAGGGCAAGAUAGUUGGAAUUUUGGGCAUGGGUGGCAUUGGUCGGGCUAUUCGUGACCGUUUGAGGCCAUUUGGCUUUGAGAAGAUCAUUUACUAUAACCGGUCUCGUUUGAGUGCCGACUUGGAGGAAGAUGCAGAGUAUGUGUCUCUCGAAGAGUUAUACUCACAAAGUGAUGUGAUCAUGGUGAGUGUGCCAUUGAAUGCGAACACCCGCCACAUGAUCGAUGCUGACACCAUCAGCAGUAUGAAGGACGGUGUCAUUAUUGUGAAUACAGCGCGUGGUGCUGUCAUUGACGAGGCGGCUAUAACUGAGGCAUUAAAGAAGGGCAAGGUCGGCGCCUUUGGUUCUGACGUUUUCGAGCAUGAGCCAGAAGUAGCAGAGGAGUUGCGUAAAAUGCACAAUGUGGUUUCUUUGCCUCACAUGGGCACUCAUACUUACCAAGCCAUGGAAAACUUAGAGAUAUGGGUUGUGGACAAUCUCCGUACUUAUUUUGAGACAGGAAAAGUGAAGACCAUUGUUCCUGAACAGCUGAAAGUGGACUUUGGUCACCUGCCUAUGCUCUAA